AUGAGCAGUGACACCCGCAAGCACGACUCCCCCCCACAGCAGCCCCUCAAGAGAAGGCGUAUCACUGUGCGUAUCUCCCUCCCAGCGCUCCAACUUCCGGGGUCUCUUCCCCCCAUACCAGCCCCAAACUUCCCCAAAGUGCUGACACAACCCAUCAUAGAGAGCGUGCGACAGGUGCCACCGUGGAGGUAUUCGAGUGCGCCCCUCUUUCCUGCUGCACAAUGUGCGGGCGGGACGAACCCUUCUGUCUGUGCACCCUGUGCCGAUUUUGGUUCUGACUGUACCUACAACAGGCCCAUGAAAAGACGUGGACCUCCCGCAAAGUCGCGUGAAGGACAUGCUAUCUCUAAUGCCCCUCUCGCGCGAUGGUCUCUGCCCUCUCCCAACGACAGCUGGUCAUAUCGUGAAAUCGCAACCCACGAGCAGAUCGAGUCACUUGUCGACGCAUACUAUGCCAUCGUGUAUCCCAUUUACAGCAUCUUUCACUGGCCCACAUUUAUUGCGAAUAUCCGCCGACGCGUCUACAUUGCCUACCCUGCCUUUCACGCCUUGACAAUGUCUGUCUGCGCCCUCGCCUCGGCCAGGCUGCGUGAUGGCGCGCCCACGUCUCCCAACGCCCGAACUGCCGCGGCACCCAACCCUCUCGAAGCUAAUGGCGCUCAGCCAACUUCAGAGCAGUUCUACCAGGCUGCCGUUGCGUCUUUCCCUCGUGAUCUCACCAAGGCGAUGGAAUUUGACUACAAGCGCGCAAAGCCCCUUCUGGCCACUUUGGCUAUCCAGUAUGGUGAUAUUCCCAGUGUCCACGCCCAUGUUGGAGACUAUAUGACAAUGUGUGCCAUUGACGGGUUCCACAACGAGUGUCGUUGGCCGUGCGAUCUCAACGAAAUCGAAGUCCAGGAACGCCGCAGACUGUUCUGGCUCGCUUACCAGCUCGACGUCUACUCGGCUACCACCUGGGGCGGUAUCAUCCGUCAUCGCGAAUCUCAAUCCACAGUCUUGUAUCCCACCGAAGUGUUUUCAGAUGAGGAGAUUACUGCAACCGGUAUAGUCACCUCGACCAGUAGCAAUCGACCGGUGUCCUUCCUUCGAGGUUGGAACUUUACAGUUGAUCUGUACCGCAUUCUGGAGCACGCCGUCUCGCGACUUCGAACACGGAACCACACAUUCGAUGCCGGCAAUCAAAUCGCUGCCAUGUUUCUGGACGGCCGCGUUGGGUCGCAUGCAGAGCUCAAGCCAAGCGAACUUUUGGUGAUGGUGGAGAAGCUUUACAACGAUCUGCCUCCCGAGUUGAAGGGAACAAGUGAGAUGACUGGGGAUGUGGAGAGAGAUCGUUACGGGUUCCAAGCUGCCAACAUUCUGGUGACCAUGCAAACUGUCAAGAUGGUCGUCGCUGGCAUGGCAGACUGGUCUGUUGAACAGCGCUGCGCCAUUGCCUGCGAGCUCUUGGACGCCUUUGCUACCGUUCCCCGCGCCUACAUCCAAGCCAUCAACACUCCCCUUCUCCAUCAUCUCGCUGGUGUCGGCCAUCUACUUGCUUCCAUCAUUCACUCCCCCCUUUCACCUUCCGGGUACAUGCACGUCCGCAGCGUCUUGCUUUGCCUUGCCGACUUGCUCCGCUCGCUCGAGUCGCUUUUGACGUCUACAAACGGCAUCGCUCCAAAGUUGAGGGAGCAUGUGGAGAGGAUCGAUAAAUACAUGGCGAACGCUGCGCAGAAUGGCGGUAAAGGGAUUGCUGCUACAAUGGCAUUCAAUGAUCAAAAGAACAAGCACGACCUCGUCCCGCAAAUCAAAGCUGCUACCAAUCACACCCCAUUCCCUCUCCGGAACCCUGCAUCUACCGCCGCUUCCAAAAGUGCGACCAACUCUGCUCCUACGCCCCCGUCUAGUGCUGGUAUACUUGCCAGUAAUGGCAGCACCUUUCAAGUCUCGUCUUUGAGCGCAUCGUUACCCCUUCCCUUCUCCGGUCCUAACGAUCUUGGCUUGAACAAGUCGCAAGGUCCAGUACUUCAGCAAAGGCGAGAACAGCCGGUAUACACCCCCAGUACUGGGUCCAACACUGGAUCGUCCACUCACUCUACCCCUCCCCAAUUCUCACCUGCUUUCAACACUCUACCCUUGAAUCAGUCUUUGCAUGCGCAGUAUCAGACUUCCGACCAUCCUCCCCCUCUCCCCUCUCCUGCUUCUCGGCCGAGUCCUUCUGCGGCGCCGACCAUCACCCCAGGUCCUUUGAGUAACUACUUUAUGCUCUCGCCCGGUGGCGCUCCAAGCCAAGAUGAGUCGAAAAGCCAGGAUGAUUCAAAUCAGGCACUGCAGCUCCCAAACGACCUCUUUGUUGACUGGCCAUUCUUGUUCAACGAGUUUGGUUUCCAAGGGGAUGCUUUUGACUUUUUGAGCUCGGGCGUUGGAGGGCAAGGUGGUGGGGGUGCAACUUCCACGACCGGGGCAUCCGGCACGACCUUGGGGUCUUCACCCAGGGCGGCGACGUCCAUCACCUCGCCGCCUCUCGCAGAAGGACUUGGCAAUCCUCCCGCCGAUACUUCGUUGACCGACUGGGAUUUCUUGGGGCUCUUGCCAGAUGGGGGUCAUCCAGGGGGCAAUGCCAAUUCAGUGCAGCAGCAGAGCGGACUCGGGAGCAAUGGGCUUGCGGGAGGGAUUGGGAGGAUACCCGAAGUGGGCUUUGGACAGGGUAUCAGCGAGUAG